AUGUCACCUCCCAAGCCACCUAUCGAACCAAAACAAGACUCUCUUGGAUCCAACAUUAUUGGACCACGAAACUAUGAUCGCGAAAAACAAGCUACCUCUCUUGUACGCCCCCCACAAACCGAUCACGGCACUCUCCCUUCCCUAAAGUGGUCUUUCGCAGAUUCACAUACCCGCAUCGAAGAGGGAGGUUGGGCCCGUCAGACAACCGUCCGCGAGCUCCCAUCAUCUGUUGAAUUAGCUGGUGUCAAUAUGCGUCUUGAAGAGGGCGCGAUCCGUGAGCUUCAUUGGCACCGUGAGGCGGAGUGGGCAUAUAUGCUUGAGGGACGAUCCAGAUUUACAGUGCUCGAUCUUGAUGGCGGUGCAUACGAGGCCGAUUUGCAAAAGGGUGAUAUUUGGUACGCCCCAAGGGGAAGGCCUCAUUCGAUUCAAGGUAUUGGGCCAGGGGGAUGUGAAUUCAUGCUCGUCUUUGACGAUGGAAACUUCUCGGAAGAUGAGACCUUUUUGCUGUCUGACUGGCUCUCCCACACACCUAAAGACGUGGUCGCCAAAAACUUCAGGCUUGAUCCUGCGGUAUUUGACCAUUUAUCGAAAAAGGAGAAAUAUAUCUUUCGCGGAGAGAUUCCCUCUCCACUUCCAAGUAUCGUUAAUUUUGUUCCAAAAUCUAAGCACCGCUUCACCCACAGUAUGCUAGCGCAACGCCCCCUAAAAACUCCAGGUGGUGAAGUUCGCAUUACCGACACAUCCAAUUUCCCAGUUUCGACUACCAUUUCUGCUGCACACGUGAUUAUCGAACCGCAUGGUCUUCGCGAGCUGCAUUGGCACCCCAACGCAGACGAAUGGUCGUUCUUCAUCCGUGGACAUGCCCGCGUCACAGUGUUCGCAGGAAGUGGUAAUGCGCGCACAUUUGACUAUCAGGCUGGUGACGUCGGGAUUGUGCCUCGCAGUCUGGGGCACUACGUAGAGAAUACUGGAGGAGAUGGUGAAGAAGUAGAGAUGCUGGAAGUGUUCAGGGCACCAAAAUUUGAAGAUUUCUCGUUAGAGGAGUGGUUGAAGGGUUCGCCAGGUCAAAUGGUGCUAGAACAUCUUAAUCUUCACAAUCACGCAGAACAUGGAAAAAAGUUUAUGGAAGCGUUGCAGAAAGCGAAGGUCAAGGAGGCCGUCAAGGCCAAGAUGUAG